GGAAAAAGUAAUCAUAACGCACCCAAAACAACGCGUACCAAUCGGGAGAAAAAGUCCAUACGACAAUACCUUUCCCUUCUUUCCUCACUCGUCCUCUUCCUCUACAACCUAACAAAAACCCCAAAUCCAUUCUCCCAACCACCAUCUCCAAACCCUAAUCCGAUCACUUAAAAAAAUCCACCGAUGUGGGCUGCUUCGUGCUUGGCGUCAUGCUGCGCCGCCUGCGCAUGCGACGCUUGCAGGACCGUCGUUUCCGGAAUCAGCCGUCGUUCCGCCAGGAUCGCUUACUGUGGUCUCUUCGCUCUUUCCCUCUUCGUCGCUUGGAUCCUCCGUGAAGUCGCAGCUCCUCUCAUGGAAUCAAUUCCCUGGAUUAAUCACUUUAAACAAACUCCAAGCCGUGAGUGGUUUGAGACAGAUGCAGUUCUUCGUGUUAGCUUUGGGAACUUUCUAUUUUUCACUAUUUUGGCUACUAUGAUGAUUGGUGUCAAAACUCAGAAGGAUCCUCGUGAUGGCUUGCAUCAUGGGGGUUGGAUGAUGAAAGUCAUCUGUUGGUGCCUUGUGGUUAUCCUUACGUUUUUUCUUCCGAAUGAGUUCAUCAGCUUUUAUGAAACAAUAUCAAAGUUUGGCUCCGGUUUGUUUCUUCUCGUUCAAGUUGUGCUCUUGUUGGAUUUUGUUCAUGGAUGGAAUGACAAAUGGGCUGGAUUUGAUGAACAGUUCUGGUAUAUUGCUUUAUUUGUUGUUUCACUUGUGUGUUAUGUUGCCACACUUGUAUUUUCGGGAGUUCUCUUUCACUUCUUCACGCCAUCUGGACAAGACUGUGGAAUCAAUGUCUUUUUUAUUACUAUAACCCUGAUGCUCGCAUUUGUUUUUGCCAUAGUAGCUUUGCACCCUGCGGUAAAUGGAAGCAUUUUGCCUGCUUCAGUAAUAUCAUUAUACUGCACUUAUCUCUGCUAUAGUGCACUAGCUAGUGAACCCAGAGAUUAUGCAUGCAAUGGUCUCCACAAACACUCGCAAGCUGUUUCCACUGGCUCUCUUACUUUGGGAUUAGUCACAACUGUUCUAUCAGUAGUGUAUUCUGCUGUGCGUGCUGGAUCUUCUGCUACAGUGCUGUCCCCACCAAGUUCUCCUCGUGCUGGGAAACCCUUGCUUCCAUUGGAUGUUAAGGAGGAAGAAAGUAAUGAGAAAGCAAAGCCAGUUUCAUAUUCUUAUGCCUUCUUCCACUUGAUUUUCUCUCUUGCUAGCAUGUAUUCUGCAAUGCUUCUGACAGGUUGGUCUACCUCUGUUGGAGAGAGUGGUAAGUUGGUUGAUGUGGGGUGGCCUUCAGUUUGGGUUCGGAUUGUCACUUGCUGGGCAACUGCUUUGCUAUACUUAUGGUCUCUUGUAGCUCCUAUCAUGUUCCCUGAGAGGGAGUUCUGAGUGGUGGUUUGCUCCUCAAUUUCUCACGGUUCGGAUGAAAGUUGUGUGUAACCUAAUUACUAUGCCUUUGUUUGCAGUUGUGCUGUGUAUAUCAUAAUAUGAAUCUAUAUUCACGAACAUGGCAAAGAAGUAUGUUAUGAAUGACAAUUCCAAUUGGCUUGUUUUAAUUGUAUAGUGAGAUUUGUACCCUGAAUAAAUAUAUAUGACCAUAUAGUUUAUGUA